UUGUUUUUCCCCUUGGGAGUCUACUGAGGGCAGCAGAGGGUCAGCACGUUGCUUCCCACUAAGGUGUUCAAUGCCAUGUUUGCCUUAUGGGGCUGAAAUCAUUGCAUUAUGGCUGAAAGCCACAUCGCUGGAGAAUUAUGUUGCCCUCAUGAGAAAAGCGAAAAAAAUGCAGUCGGGAAGACAUUGCCCAGCCAAGCUUUGGUAGAUCAAUGGCCCCGGGGUACAGAUCCGUACUAACACGGUGGUACUAAGAAACGAGCUAUUUCUUGACAUUCUAUCAGAGCGAACCACGCUAUAACCCCCUCCCCCUUUUUUUUUCCUUUCAAAACUAAAGUAACAGCAGCGUGGGGUGGUACAUUUGACGAAACGAAGAAGAAACGGACCAAAGAUGUGCGCGUGAAAGAAGGGCCACGAUGUAAUAAUCAAGAACGUUCUGACGAAAGCUGUCGUCUGGACGUCGCCGCACAAGAUCAAGUUUAUGUGACGGGUGGUGCAGAGGCAACCAUGUGUCUUGCGCUUCUGCUGCGUAUCCUCGUCACUGUCUACGACAUGAUCACGCUUCCCAUCUACAUGGUAAUUCAGAGGCCAUGGGUGCCGAUACAGCAGCACCAUUACACCUGGGCGAGUAUUCUCCGGCCCUGAGCCCUCAGAAUUUUGCUGACAGGGGUGUCUUCUUGACUUGGACAAUACAGGCAGUACGCGUGGACAAGAGCAGCCCGUACUCUCCUCUACAACGGACGACGUUGGAUGUCCUGGGGGCUAUGUUCGCUGGGGUGGAAACUGUUGAUACGAUCAUUCGCCGGAGCGUCCAGAAGCACGGCCUUAAAACCUGCUUGGGAACGCGUCAGGUGAAAGACGAGUUCCGUGAUAUGGUCAAGGGGAAAUCUAUGGUGAAGUACUCUCUGGGAGAAUACCGCUGGACGACAUAUAAGGAAAUGGACGCUAAAGUGGAAGCUAUUGGUCGGGGACUCUUUGCGCUCGGCGUUGCGCCUCGCACCAACAUCGUCAUAUUUGCCGAGACUAGAGAGGAAUGGCUAAUGACGGCCCUGGCUUGUUUUCGAAACUGCAUUAUAGUUUGUACCAUCUAUGCUACUCUGGGUGACGACGGUAUUGUACACGGCGUCACAGAAACAGGAGUGAGGGUAAUCAUCACAUCGGAAGAACUUCUGCAGCGGUUGCAAGGUCUCAUGCCCCGUAUGCCCAAGGUAACACACGUGGUCUACAUGCCAGCCAAAGGAAAGCCCGGCGCGAUCCCUCCGAUGGGCCAUGUUCAAGUUCUGCCAUUCGAGUACUUACUCUCGCAUGCAGGUCCCGCGGAUGCGAAUAAGGGUGCCACGCCAAAUGGCAAAGACAUAGCAGUUGUCAUGUACACGAGCGGAUCCACAGGAAAUCCGAAAGGCGUGAUGAUUACGAAUGAGAAUAUCGUGGCCCUUCUUCGUGGAUUAGGAAACGUUGUGGCCCGUUACGGGAAGGACGAAACCUUGAUUGGCUUUCUGCCUCUCGCACACGUUAUGGAAAUCGCUGCUGAAUGCGUGUUCCUAGCAAUGGGAUGGCGUAUUGGGUACUCCAGUCCUUUUACAUUGACCGACAAGGGUACCGCACUGAAGGACGGCACGCCUGGAGACUCCGCUGUGCUCAAGCCUACGAUUAUGAUUGCAGUACCACUUCUGCUGAGCCGCAUCCACAAAGCUAUCGAAGAGGCGGUCGCAAGCAAAAGCUACAUCGGUCGAUCCGUAUUUCAAUUUGGACUCGACUACAAGACGUUCUGGAGAGAACGCGGUUUUUCGACUCCCAUUGCCAACGCGAUAAUCUUUGCGAAAACCAAACAGAUCCUAGGCGGUCGCAUAAAAGUCAUAGCCAGCGCAUCAGCGCCGCUGUCCACUGACACUCAGAAGCUGCUUACGAACUGCCUGGACUGUCCCAUCGUGCAAGGCUAUGGACUCACCGAGACCACAGCUGCGGCUACGCUGCAGGAUCCUGACGAUAUUUCUGUCGGUAUUGUUGGUGCUCCCUUGACGGGCGUUUACGUCAGGCUGGCUGACUGGGAAGAAGGUGGCUACCAUGCCACUGACACACCUAAUCCCAGAGGCGAAGUCGUCGUCGGGGGACCGACGGUGACUGCUGGAUACUACAACCGACCUGACCUCACUAAACAGUCGUACGAGGAGAUCAACAACAUUCGCUGGUUCUUUACAGGAGACAUUGGAGAGUUUCUGCCUAACGGAGACCUCAAAAUUAUUGAUCGCAAAAAGGACCUCGUUAAACUGCAAUACGGAGAGUACAUCUCACUCGGCAAAGUGGAAGUGGCUCUGAAGACGAGCCCCCUGGUGGACAACGCCUGCGUCUACGCCAAUUCUUUGAGUAUGUUUGCGGUGGCUUUGAUCGAGCCCAACGAAAAGGCUCUGCGGGCUCUCGCAGACACGUUGCACAUUCCGGAUAAGACACCUUUCAAUGACCUGUGCACUAACCGGAUUCUACGCACCGCUUUUACGACUACACUUACUACGCAAUGCAAGAGCGCUGGCCUCGUCAAGUUUGAGAUUCCGAGGGUGUACAAAUUGUGCAAGGAGCGUUGGACCCCGGAGAACGAGCUCGUGACAGCUGCCCUCAAGAUUCGACGCGUGCAAUUAUGCAAGUUCUACGAGGCCGACAUUGCAGCCUUGUACGAGGAGGGAGAACGUUCCGACUAGUCGGCUCUUCGUGCCAAGUGGAAAUAGCCGAGUAACUCACUAAACGAACCUUACAUACAGAGGUCUUCGUGACCUUCUUUUUUUUUUUGUUGCCAAUGUCGGCACAACACGUUUACGCGUACCAAUUAGUACUUGUAGCCGAGGGAUUAAGCUCUGCGGUUUAGUCUAUGGACACCAUCCGCUUAUUGCACCGUAGCCAUUAAAAGAAAGAAAAAGAAAAACUGCGACUUGCACAUUUGUUAAUCUGGCAUGUCUAUGCCCAUCCGUGCCGCCACACAAGCGUUUAGAGUAUUUGAACCGUAGGACAUAAAUUUCGUUCACCUCAUAAGGAUUCAGCUCGUCAACUUUACAGUGUAUUUCUGUGUUUUUCAGUUUUACAGUGUAUCUCAGUGUAUUUCCUCAUUUCGUUAUCGGUCUGUUUUCAUCACAUCUUGUUAAAGUUCUAUUUUGCUAUCACAACUCCCAAAACUUGCAGACAAUGGUAAGUCGUCGAGGGGGGGGGGGGGACUUCGAGGCUUGUGUUAAGGCUUGUCCGUGUGUUUCUGCCUAUUCUUUUCUGUUUGUGUUGUGUUUUCUUUCCAUUAUGAUGUGAUCACUCCAGGGGCUUACCAGAGACGUUCUUUUUCCUUUUUCUGCCACAGAGGUUUCCGUAUGCUAGACGUCUGAUAAUGCGACAUUCUUAUGUCAAUCAUAUAUUUAAGCUCUAAUUCGGCGCUAGACGUGCGUUUUCUAAGAGGAGAAACACCCAUACUACACUCUUAACUCGGUACCCUUUAUUGUAACGUUUAGCAAUGUGUAACAUUCAUAUAGACGUAGAUUUCCAAAUACCGUAGAGGUUACACGUCCGAUACCUCUAUUUAGAGGUUAAACACAACUUGUAACGCGACACUGGAGGAGCAGUAGAGGUUACUUCAGUGUUCAACGGAAAUCCAAUCGUCGUAACUUAUAAAUGUACCCUUUAUGGGAAUGUUUUAACUUCUAAACGAAUUUCGCGUUUGAAUUUCCUUCGCUUGUUUUUCUUGUUUCUUUGCAAGGUAACCUGUAUAAAAGGUACUGCUCAAAAGUCACUGCGUUCUCUGUCAAGCCGCACACUCAAUCAUUCAGUACGAGAGUGUCGGAUCAGUGUGCGUUACGUUAUUGUGUCUCUGCGUCUGUACGAACUGCGGAUCGUGUUCAGAAUUGUGAAGAAUGCACAAGGGUCAAGUGACUGAAUCAGGGUAUUUCUACGGUAUGUCCACUACAAAGUUUACGUGGUUACGUUUUUGCUGGACAGUCUAGGAACACUAAUCACAGUACAGUCUGUCUCUCUAACACGGUUCAACACAGUGUGUACGUGUGUGUCUUACGUCCGUUAGUUGCUUAGUCCUUUGUCAUCCUUGUGUUUUACUUCGUGUGCUUCUGAUUAACCAUAGACGCGUCGCUGAUGUGUCAUUCUGACAUAUCAGAAAGGAAAUGUUUUCGGCAUACCGAAGAGGAAGUUGCAACAACGUGGGACUGCAAAGAGUGUACCUCCUUGAAACUAAAUGUCGUUCAUCACAGCUGAAGUGUUGGUAUUGUGACGUCCUCGUGCUCUUGCCUCAGCUGUAGUUCCAGGUUUGCCAAUUAAAUAAUACAUAUGCUCUA